AUGGAAGUUUCUCCCGCUGAAACGGAAGAAUCACAGUUUUCCUGUGAGCAUGUUUUCAUCGGAGCUCAUCACAGUGGCGAAACGUUAUUACUUGCAACGGAAAAUUCAAUUACUUUUUGGUGUGACAAUUUUGAGGGCAGUGAGAAGAAAAGCAUGACGUUAAAGUCGGAGGACAUCACAAAAGUUGUUUUUUGCCAUUCGAAAAAGGCAAAAAUGUUAUUUCUCUAUCCUUUGCCAUCCGUUAUAGCAAACAUCAAACAGAGCUUGGGCUUGAGCGAUGAGCAAAUGAGAGUGCCAACCAUCACAUCGAGCCUCAAAAGGAUUGGAAUUGUGCUGCAAGUGUCGGCGCACACGGAGAAAUUGUGUGAAAUUCUCGAAAAAUUCGCUGAAACAAAGUUCGAUGAGAUCUCGUGUAUCGAAGCUAAAGAUUUACUUGAGAAUUAUCAAAAAUACUUACCUGCUGACUAUCUGGAAGAAGUAGUUUCGCCAACGAAGCCGAAACAAGUGACAAAUAACGAAAAUUCGAAUGUCCGAAGAAUAUUGACAUAUCCUCCGACAAGCAGCAGUGGUCGACACAUCUCACUUUUCCUCAACGAUUUCAUGGAUUUAGCGCCAAAGACGUAUUUAAACGAUGCCAUAAUCGAUUUGUACCUGCAAUACGUGUUAAUGGAACUCGUUUCGCCCGAAAUGCGUGAAAGAAUUCACAUUUUCGACAGUUUUUUCUGGAAAAAGUUGAGUACAAAAUGCUCCGAUGAGGAAACUGGCAAGAUGUCAGCUGAAGAAACGUCCCUUCAAAAGUACCAACGAGUCGCCAAGUGGGACGAGAAAGUCAAACUCUUCGAAAAGGACUUUAUUUUCGUGCCAAUUAACAUCAACGAGCAUUGGUUGCUGGCUGUUAUUUGUUUCCCAUACCUCAUGGAACAAAAAUUGAACUUUGAGACAGGCGAAGAAAUCGACCCGAAAUUCCUCAAAAGUGUUCCCGUGAAGCAAGCAUGUCUUUUGAUCUUCGAUUCGCUCGGUAUUGAUCGUCCGAAUGUGUCGAAAGCGCUGCGGGAAUAUUUGCGACAUCGAUUUUUGGCCGAAAAACAAGACGAUUCGCCAAAUUGUGAGUUUUCAUCGACUGUGAUGCCAGGUUGUUAUGUGAAAGUACCGCGUCAGAAAAAUUAUUUCGAUUGCGGCGUGUUUUUGUUGGAGUACGUGGAACAUUUUUGUUUGCAUCCAAUUAGCGAUUAUCGAACUCCAAUCAAGGGCCUUGAAAAAUGGUUCACCCAAGAACACAUUCGGGGCAAACGAAAGUACCUGAGAGAUCUGAUAGUUACUUUGGUAGAAAAAUAUGAACCGGAAAAUCUUCCGCUGCCGGAUAUUUACUUCGGCGACGACGAAGAAGUAACGAAUGGUGAAUUGAUGGAAGUCGAUGAAAUUGAAAAAUCUGUGAAAGAAGCAAAUAAUGAAACUCAAGUUCCUUAA